GGGGGAUGGUGAGUGUUCCUGCACUUGGAUUUAGGAUCCUGGCGGUCUUCAUCAUUUCCAGCGUCUACCCACAGGGUGGAAAAAUGUUCCAUUCGCUGACAGAGACCGAGCGUUUUCUCUCCAGCUCGAAAGGGCACCAUUUAGGCUUCUAGUAAGGUUUUCUCCAGAAAGGAUGUUUUGUGGCCCAGCACCGAUUAACUUUGAAAAAGAAUGCAUCCUUGCAACAGCUCCACGGAUGGGGCUCUUUUCUUCUGUAGGAUAGGUAGAGGUCAAGUGUGCGUUUAAUGGAUCGUCUGAGUUACCGUUUCACCAAGUCACAAGUAAAAAUCACUCGGAGUGUUUUGGUACGCAAAGAAGGCUUUAAAGAUGAAAACUUCCCCAUACCUUAAACUCUCAAGUCACUUUGUGUAAUUUGAGAUUGUCUCAAACGUGAUGAAAGACUUUAAAACUUUUUGUUUUUGUUAAUGAUGGGAACACAUUUUUGAACUUAACGUGGAGAGGUAGUGGAUUACUUUUGCUUUGACAGCCAAGAAUUGAACUAUUUAAGGCUGUUUUUUCUUGUGUCGAAGCCUCCGUGGUGCAAAUCGUGACAGUUUUGUUGUUUCUUUUAAGCAUUAUAAGCGGGCUUACUUCGGGGCGUGUGUUUGCCUAUAUUUCUCAUGUGUGGUCGUGUUGGUGAGUAAAUGCGAGUUAGGGUCUGGAAAAAGGCCUCGCAGGCGUUGGAGGUUUGGGCUCAGCCUCCUCCGGGUUUGGGUUAUGGGCUGUGCAGCCCUGGCGGGCUCGGAGAAACGCCCCGGAGUUUUCUCUGCUCCCUGCGCCUGCUGUGUGGAGUAGACCUGGAGCCUGGGACGGGGCGAGGGGUGGAGGCAGUGCUGCGAGGGCUUUGCAGCGCCUGCCCCCUUGUCAGGGCCCAGUGUAUUUGUUGAGAUUUUUAGUUACUGUUUUGCUCUGCAGCUGCCUGUCAACUCGUUUUCAUUUUUAGGUUAGACAAAAUUGUAAUGCCAAAAUACUUGAAUUCCAAACAUCAGGAAAAUAAGAGUUGUGGAAUACGACACAGGUAGGGGAUUAGAAUGAGGGGAAAAACCACAUCGGAAGUGCAUUUGCAAAUAUUGUUUUAACUUUUUAUAGGUUCUGUGGUUAAAACGGAAAUUUUUAUCUACCGUAAGUGUCCUAGACAGAGCUCUUUUCCUGGGUCAGUUGAUAACAGUUUUAAAACAACAGUGUACCAGUGCAAGAGAGUGAUAGUUACUUUUACUUUUCUCACUUCCUGUGUUCCACUCUUCUUUAUCUGUGCAGUCUGUCCGAUUGUCUGUUCAGAAACACCUGCGUUUCUCCCAGUGGUUUGCAGACCUUGAAAGUGAAGUUCUUGAAAUCAUGAAUCCUGUUUAUAGCCCUGGAUCUUCUGGGGUUCCCUAUGCAAAUGCCAAAGGAAUUGGUUAUCCAGCUGGUUUCCCCAUGGGCUAUGCAGCAGCAGCUCCUGCCUAUUCUCCUAACAUGUACCCGGGAGCAAACCCUACCUUCCAGACAGGUUACACUCCUGGCACACCUUACAAAGUGUCCUGUUCCCCCACCAGUGGGGCAGUGCCACCGUACUCCUCCUCCCCAAACCCCUACCAGACUGCUGUGUACCCCAUGCGAAGUGCCUACCCCCAGCAGAGCCCGUAUGCACAGCAAGGCACGUACUACACACAGCCCCUGUAUGCAGCUCCCCCGCAUGUCAUCCACCACACCACGGUGGUGCAGCCCAAUGGCAUGCCGGCCACGGUGUACCCUGCGCCCAUUCCCCCGCCCAGGGGCAACGGGGUCACCAUGGGCAUGGUGGCUGGGACCACCAUGGCCAUGUCAGCAGGCACUCUGCUGACUGCUCACUCCCCAACUCCUGUCGCCCCCCACCCAGUCACUGUGCCCACGUACCGGGCCCCAGGAACACCCACCUACAGCUACGUGCCCCCUCAGUGGUGAUCACUCUGCAAAGGUCUGAGGAUGGAGCUGUGCAGUCACAUCACAGAGGUUUCACAGCUGGUGCUGCAGGCCUCGCGCCUCCAACCAGGACUCUCUUCUCAAUGCUCUCGACACUUAGCUAAACACCAUGAUGUUCUGGCCCAGCAGGCCCAGCGCCGGUAGUCUUCAGCUAACUCUCUGGGUUGGUCUUACAGCAAAUCCUGUUUUAUGUGGACUGCCUGGCAACUUUUUAGCUAACUAUAAUGAUAAAAAGGGAGUAUUAAUCUAUUCUGAAUCAUAUCUAGUUGAAUGCAUGUUUUAAAAAAAAUACAAAAACAAAGCUUGCUCAAUCUACCUGCAGUGACUGAUGCAAAACCAUCAUAUGCAAAAUCCAAAGGAAUGGAAAAGUAUUUUACAACUUGUAUCACUAAUGCACUGUUGUAAUGUAUGCAAAGUCUUAAAGUUAUAAGUGUAAAGUGAAUUUCUUCAUAGAGCAUCUGAAAUGUCCUAGAUAAUUCUUCAGCCUCUUGGGGUUGAUGUGGGUUGCCAGUUAGGAACUUGGACUUUUCAUUUUAGCUGUGUGUUUCUUCCCAUGACUGCACUGUGUAGGUCACAGGUGGUGAUUGACACAGCCAGGUCAGUGGGCACUUCCUUUUCUUUCCAGUUAGGCCCGGGGGUCAGUGAACCGUGGACAUUCUUACAGAUGGUAAGGAAAUACUAGAGUUGUGUGGCCAGUACAGUUAGGGUAGCAGGUGGUUUGUGUAUUAGCAAAACAGUUUUCUCCUGUCUAAAGUUUCAUUACAAAUCUAUUACAAAUUAGAGAUGCUCUUUUAUAUGUCUUCAUUGGAGAAGUCCUAUAUAGACUUUAUUAUUUUCCUGUGAUGGAAGGUAAUGUGAAAGAGAAAACCACACUUGGAGGAGGUAUUGGCCUCUGCUUUAUUUAGCUUAGAAAAUCAUUCCAGUUUUCUUUUUUCCCCCUGAGAAAUGUUUGAGUCUGCUGCAAACAUAUGUAAGCAUCGCUGUCCCUCCCUGCCCCACCCCAAAGAAGGGCAAAGAUUUCAGCUGUGUGUUUUGAAGCAAGUUGUGUAUUUAAGAAUUAUUAAAAGGGAACAGAACUUUAUUUAAAAUUCCUCAUGUUUCUUGUAGCGUGGAUUGUGCAUACACUGUGGCAGGGCCGUGGAUGGGUCUGACAUGUGGGAGCCUGCAGUUCCUCCGGGCACUGUCCGUUUGACAGUGACUUGCCCUCUCAGACUAGCUGGAAGGUGCCCUAGAAUGGGGCUGAGAGGAGGGUAAGGGUGGGGGUGGCAUCUGUGGUCUGGGAGCCUCCUCUGCUGUCUGUUCAAGCAAGCGUGGACAGCAGAAAGGGCCAGCCAGCACUGGAAUGCAUUCACCUGCCCAGGCUACUAUGGAAAGAAUUUUGAUUUUAAGAUCUGAAUAUUGUAUAUAAGAAAUCAGGAGUUUUUUUUUUUUUUUCUUUUUUAACCUAAAUAUACCCGAUUUGUAAUGAUGAGAGUGUGUUUCUGUGUUCUCAGAUGUCACCAGAGGGGGCUCAUGAGAAUUUUGUUCCCUUUAGUGGUCUACCAGGCUGUGUGUUUUGCACCUUGUUUCCACCCCAGAUGCGUUUGGAGGGGAGGGCUGUGGGCUGUGGUUGGGGGGAGGGGGUUCUGCUCUUCUUGCGUCUCUGGCCUGGGCCAGGGCAAUGCCAGCUUGGUGAUGCCCCCACUAGCAUUCAGCCCUAGGUGGUGGGUGGUACAGCUGACCACUGAGCCUUUGGUAACCUUAUUUUUUAAUAAGUAGUCCUCAUAUUUUUUUUUUCCACAUUUUACUUUAUAAGAAGUUUAAUAAUAUUUUUGCAUGGAUCAUUGUAAACAGAGGAUUCCUUCUUCCUAAUGUUUGUUAACAGAGGGGUUCCUGGUAAGUACUUUAAAUUGCUUCAUGAGCACUUAACCCACCUCAGUGUGUGCGUGUAAUUGUGUGUGCAUGCGAGUGUGUGCAUGUGUGAGUGUGUGAGUGUAGCAGACAUGUACCCCAGACACACGGUGUGGAUCUGUCCAUUUUCUCAAGUCUGUGUUGAUGAUCCAUUUGUGCAGUGAAUGGGUUUGCAAUAUUGACAAGCUCUAAGGCUCCAGGGCCUGAAUUGACUGACUGAUAGAGAAGUCAGUUUUCCCAGUUAUGUGAUAAUACAUUGGGAGAAAGAACUCAUGAUUUUAGGAUGUGUUUAAUAAAAGCCCCAAACAACAAAACAAAACACACAGAUACUACCUGUAAGGUAGAAAGUCAUUUGAAUUAGGAAGAAGUUAGAUAGGAUGUUUCUUUAAGGCUCAUGAGUGCUGAAUUAGUGUUUUAGAAAGAGAGGGAGGGAGUAGGUUGCACCCUUCACCUCCACCCCAUUUUACAGCAGCUUCAUGAACACUUUUUUCCCCCUUAUAGUUUUCUUUGGAAUCUUUUUUCCUUUUUGUGAAGUUGAGUUGGGAUACUGUUUAGCAUUAUGGAAUACAUCCAUGAGGAACUCUUUCCAAUUUUGGAGCUAUUAGGGCCUUGGCUGUCAGUAUUGACAUGUUGAAAGGUAGAUCGUGUCCAUCAGGAGAGAACCUGGGCAUACAAAUAGGAACAAAACUGUCAUAGGUUGUUUAUAACUUUAAUAGCAUUUAGUUUCAGUAAUGCUAAGGAAUAGAACUUGGGUUGAAAUCUUCUUAUAAAGUUGCAUAAUUUGGGAUCCCAAGCAAAAUAAGUGAAACAUGCUGAGAAAUUUUGCUUUCCUGUUGUUAUUUUGUUUUGUUUUGUUUUUUUGGUGACAUUCCUGAUUUGAGAUUUCUUCAGCUGCAUUAUGGUUCUUCUAGAAGUUGAAACAGGCAAUCAAAGUCCCAAUUCCAGUAAACAUGGAGAACAUUAUGGAUAUGUUUUCAAACUUCUGUCCUGAGGUCUUUGGGGUCUUUUAUGUUAUGUGGGUUGAUGCUGCGCUUCUCUGCCAUGGGUUUAGUAGCUCUGGUCUCGUGGAAGCAAGCCAGCAUCAGGACCAGGCCAUUCAUGGUGUCCGUUGCGCUCAUCUGCACUGAGGUCCUUCCAGAACCUUCCAUGUCUCGUGAUAACUCUCUUAAAAACAUUCUUCUUGUUAGGGUUUUAGGCCCUCCAACUGUGACUCUGUGAAACUGUUUCUUGAGUGCUAUGCAAUGUAUUUCCAGGCAUUGCAAGGCCAGGCACUGGCUGGUGCCCGGGCGCUAUGCAGUGAGUCUCCUGCCCUGCCCUUCCCGAGCUGUGCAUACAGUGCCUUGCUCCAUCGGGUGGCAUCCACAGGCUGAUGAGUGAGGUCCAGGAGGUAGUUGGCAUGUGUCCCUUGGGGAGGUGUCAGUAGAGAGAGGAAAUACAUUCAUGUAGACUUUUUGCAGUGUUCUUCUCUGGCAGUGUUGCUCCCAUGCUGGUUCCCGAGAGCAUGCCAUUGGGGCCGUAAGGGAUGGCACACCAGCUGUGUAAAUACCGGGGUCUCAAAGGAAACCAGACUUCUUCACCUGUCCUUUCUACACCUUUGGAAACAGUAUUACUCUGAUCAGUUGGGCCACUUUCUCCUCCUCCGGCAGCUAAGAGCUGGACACCCCAGCAUUGCCAGCCCUGGGCAGUGCCCAGAACGGCAGACACUGUUCCCAACACUUCCAGGGGUGCAGGGCAGGGUUGAGGGCCUGUGGCUUCACCAGCUUCUGGAGCAUGAGGUGGGGCAGCUUCUGGUUCUUCUUUCUGGUGCUUUUUGGGAGCAGGGGGUCUGAAGAGGAAUGCAGUUGGCUUAGGGGAACAGGCACAGUGCUUGGCUCUGCUCUCCAGCACAUCUCAUUUUCUUGUGUGUUUUUUUUUCCCCUGAGCUGUUUAUUACUCAACCUAAGCUAGCUUUCUGAAGGUGCCAUGGAUGCGUGAAUAUAUGAUGACAUGUGAGGGGGACGAUGGGAUCAUUGCAGGUGGAAAACUGCAAAGCUGAGCUUAGAUACAUCUAUUUUGGAAAGUCCCUCCACCCCCACCCCCAAUUCAAUUGAAAAACAGAAAACCUGUGGGAGAAACUUUCUGGUCAGGUCUCGCUGUCCACUUGGGGCAGGGAGACAGAGGAGAGGUAAAAGAAACUUGAGGGGAUCCAGGGAGCCCCAGGGCAGUUCAGGAGGUGGGGUGUCUCUCGGUGGCGACAGGCGCCUGUGGGCCUCCCGGGGCCAGGUGGAAGGCCUUGUGCUGGUGGGUCCCCUCACAGCCCACCUGCAGACGCGCUCAGCAGUGAGGUGGCCAGCCCGACAGGCUGGGGGUGGCCUCUCAGAGCCCAUGGGUUGUGACUGAAUAGGAAAUUGUUCCCCCCCUUUUUUUUUAAUGACUUUUAAAUACUGUUUUUUAGACCAUUCUAUUGGUACUUUUUUAAGCUUAAGUCAGCAUUGUCUUCCAGUGUUACAGGCAUCCUCCCCUCUGCAUUGAACUCAACUGUCAUACAAAGGGAUGGAAAAUUCAUCCUGAGCCAGUUCAAUGAUAUGUAAAUUCAUACUGUUUUAAUUUUUUAUGCAAUCUGAUGAGUAGAUGAGCUCAGAUUUAAAAUUCUUAAAAGCACGUUUAUUGUAACAAGAAUUGUUAUGUAUUAAUACUGCAGUUUUCAAUAAAGAUUGACUUGUGUUGCA